AUAAUAUCAAUGACACCAAAAAUGUAAGUGAUAAUAGACUUAAGUAUGUCCAAAUGACCAGUUGAAAAUGUUAGCUUGUGUAUGUCAACCAAUGGAGACGGCACUACUGUUUAACGGAGGACCACCUGUCACUAUGGGCCCACUCGGUACCAAUGGUAAAUUACGUCAUCACGAUACCGAUGUUAUGAAGACCAUUCAACUAUUACCUAAACCCAAACAUAGUUACUGUACCAAUACGAAAGAAAAUCCAGUAUCUUUAACCACAGUACCAUCAUUUAUGGAUUCAUCAGGAAACCUACUUAAUCUUAGAAAGAUUGAACGUAAAACUAAAUCAACGAAAAUAUUAGUAAAUCCAGUUUGUUUAGAUAGUGUGAGCAGCAGUGAUGAUAGUCACCGAUCAAAGUCAGGAAUUACUAAAUGGAAUGGUAAAAAGAAAAGGCUGAAGGCAAUAAAAGAUUAUAAGAAGGAUGAAAAUAUCCGAAACAAUUCUGAAAAAGAUGACACUAAAAGUAAAGAUAAAGAUGAAACGAAAAAAGAUAAAAAAACGAUAUCUUGUUUUAAAAGUAAAACAUCUGAUGAUAAAUCACAAGAUGAAACUGGUAUGGAAUACUAUGUAGCUAAAAAUGCAAGUUGUGAUAUUAAUGUAAAUGAGCCAGAUGUGAUUAAUCAUACAAGAAAACCACCAAUAGAACAACAGCAGUUAGGUAUCAAGGAAACUGAUGGAGAAGUGGAAAACAAACAAGAGCUGGGGGAAGGGGUGGAGCUGACGCUGGGCGAACUGCGCGCGAUGGCGCUCCGACAGCAGCAGCAGAUCGACACGCAGCACCAGCUGCUCUGCGCAAAGGAGCAGCGCCUGAGGUACCUCAAACAGCAAGAGGCGCGCCAGCACCAGGUUGCGGUGGAGGGUGAGCGUCUACGCCGGCUGCGGGAGCGCGUGGAGGCGCAGGAGCAGAAGCUACGGCGACUUCGCGCGCUCCGCGGACAACUCGACCGCAACAAGCAGGCUAACAUCGCUCUCAACAGCGACCUCGAGUCGAUCCGUGCGCUGUUCAAUGAGAAGGAGAAGGAGCUGUCAGUGGCGGUGGCCAAGGUGGAAGAGCUAACGCGGCAGCUGGAGGAGCUAAGGCGCGGCCGCGCGCAGCCGCCGCCGCCCGCUGCGCACGAGCUCGACAAGCUGCGACGCGAACUUAUGUACCGUAACAAGCUGAAUGAGCAGCAGAACGGUCGGCUGUCGGCGCAGCGCGCGGCGCUGGGCGCGCGGCAGGAAGAGAUGCGCAGUAUUGACCGGCGCGUGGCGGAGUUGCAGGCGCGAUUGCUGCGCAAGCGCGCGCUCAACCGGCAACUCGCCGCGGCGCACCGUCAGCCUCGUCCGCCUCAGCCGCAGCAGCCGCAACACCAGAGAACGAAUAACCCAACACCAAUGCAGCAGCUACCGAGCUACCCGGCCGGGGCGGGCGGUGCGGCUGGGGCGGGCGGACAACCAAAGAACCAACCGGCGCGCGGCAACGUGGCCGCCGUCGAGCCCUACAACCACGUGCCCCACGCGCAGAGCCUUAACCAUAACAAUAACUUCCAGGCUUUGAAGCAAAACGUGAUACAAAAUAACGUGCCAUUAAAACAGCUUACUCAAAGUGAUAAUAUACAAAGCCACCUCACGCAGCAUGAAGCCCACUACUUACACCAAAAACAAAUGAUGAAUCCUCUGUUCAACGGCGGCUAUCCUCACCCCGUACCCGGACAGGACAGUCAGUACCCCGCGCAAGCACAGUUUCAGGAUAAACAUGACCCUAACUUCGUCCAACAAGGCAUCGCAAACUACGAUCAGAAACCGAUGUACGACCUCCUUUUAAAAUACCCCGAAUACUCGAAACAACCACAAUACAGUCCGAACAGCACCAGCAGUUCAAACAGCAACCAAACGGGAAAAGAAAUAAAAAUCAACGAACAAGAAUUUCCCCCCGAAUUCGCUGCGAGCAAAUCGGAUCCUAAAUACCAAACGUUACCUUACAACACUAAAUUUCCACAGGGUAACGGCAAAGUAAAACCAGAAAUGAACGGCAAAGUGGUCGAUGUGCAAGAUGCUAAAAAUCAAAACGCAAAUAUUAAUCACAUGACGGUGCAUUCGACGCCCUUAUCGGUCGUCAACAAAAGCUUGGCCACGCCUCUAAGUCAAACGGAAACCACAUAUCAACAAGAACAUACAUAUCAAUUACAAAAAUCUGACUCUUCUAACAGGAACCAGGAAGGGAAGGAAAACCAUGCAUAUCCUCAAAACUCUAGGUUAAGUCAGAACAAUCAAAGCAAUGAAGGUUCGAAAACGAAUUCGGGAAAGAAUCAACAGGGCGUAAAGGGAAGUUCGCCGAUUUCGACCGUCGCCGGCAGUUCCCUAGGAUUCGGGAAACCCGUAUCGAGCGUAGCACCCACAUCGGUUCAGGUCUCGAGCGGGAAGCCAUCACCCAUUUACCAGACAUCCUCGACAAAGAUCCAACCCGUUCAACCGCAAAUUGUUCAGACCCAAAGCAUUACUGUACCGAAUCACGUAGCUAGUAACAUGGUGACUUCCCAACCCCAGAUCGUUAGGAACACGGCGUCGGGGCUCUCGAGUAGCUCUACCGCGAACAUGAGCGGUCAGAACGCAAGCGCGUCCUCGCAAAGCCUCUUGUUGUCGCCGCCACAAAGCGCGAGCACGCCGCUCGCUACGCCCGACGUCAGCGGGGCCGACAAGUCCCCCAAGCCCGCACUACCUCCCAAACCCACCAUCAAGACUCCGCCAAGACAAUCGGCAAACAACGACCAAACUCCUGAGAAUAAUAUUCAAUUGCAUGGUCAAGAAUCAUCAAAUGACAGCGAACCCGCGCUAAACCAAAAGGAUUCUAGUAACGGCAGUGGCGGAAAUGAAAUGAUCAUCAAAGCGCGUCCCCUCACCAUCAGGAAACCUCCGUUAAGCGAACAACCCAAGCUUAGAAACCUCAACAACGCCAAGAAUGGCAUCAGCGUCAGUAUUAACCGACGCAUUGAAAUGCCACCGGCAUUUCUCUUCCCCGAAAUGGAUCAUUUAACACUAGACAGCAAUGAAAUGCAGAACGGCUCAAAAGAUAAAACGAAAAAGGAUGAAGUCGAUAGAUCACUGAAUAACAACAUAUCAUUGAGUUCUAAUGAAAGACAAGAGGAUAGCAAAGACAACGGUGUGUCGGAUAUCGCGGAACAAAUAAAUUCUGUGGAUUUGAACGGUCAGGAUUCUCAGAGAGCUGAGAAUGUGCUGAGGCGGUCAAAGAAAGGCAACCUGAAGCAAGGCGGCAAGGCGCCGCUCACGAGGCGGGUCAGCUUCGACCCACUCGCUCUUCUCUUGGACGCCAGUUUGGAAGGUGAAUUAGAAUUGGUUAAGAAAACUGCGACACAGGUGCAAAAUGCAAGCGCUGCCAACGACGAAGGUAUCACUGCUCUACACAACGCCAUAUGUGCGGGACAUUUCGAAAUAGUCAAGUUCCUGGUGGAGUUGGGGUGUGACGUGAACGCGCAGGACUCUGACGGCUGGACGCCGCUGCACUGCGCCGCCUCCUGCAACAACCUGCCCAUGGUGCGCUUCCUCGUCGAUAAUGGCGCUUGCAUAUUUGCAACAACUCUGUCAGAUCAAGAAACAGCGGCCGAGAAAUGUGAGGAGGACGAAGAGGGCUUCGAUGGGUGUUCGGAAUAUCUUUACAGCGUCCAAGAGAAGCUGGGCAUAAUGAACAACGGGCUGGUGUACGCGGUGUUCUCGUACAGCGCGGCGCGAGGUGACGAGCUGACGUUCGAGUCGGGCGCGCGGCUGCACGUCCUGCGCAAGGGAGACGACAGCGAGCGCGAGUGGUGGUGGUGCCGCGACGACAGCGGCCGCGAGGGCUACGUGCCGCGGAACCUGCUCGGGUUAUAUCCAAGAGUAACCGGCCAGCAGGAAUAACGGAGAUACAAGGCCUAAUUAAUUCUUAAGUAAUCAAGUUGUAAAUACAGUAGCGAUUAUUAUUUUUUAUGUAUUUAUAUCACUCUAAUCUAAUUAAAGAUAUUGUAUACACUUUUAUGAAAUCUAAUAUUUUGUAUAUAUUUAAAAUAAGUCCAAACGAAUGAGAUUAUAUUGUACAUUUUAUAAAUACGCGAGUCAUUUUAGUAAUUGGUAAAACAGUUUGUAUAUUAUGCUUAGGACGUUUGCAAAUAUUGUGAAAUACACGUUGACAAUACAAAAU